ACGUCACGACCGGCGCGGCGGGGGAUUUGAACGGCGCGGCGCGGUGGAUCCCGGGAGUGGCGAGGGGGCCCCGGACACCUGAGUUCGCCCUGACUCUCCCUUCCCCAGCCGCCGGCUUCCCUUCUGAACUCGCCCGGACCCUGCGGUGGACUCGGCCCCACCAUGCCCCGCCCCAAACCCACUCCCCGACGGCUCCGGGGUUCCCCAGCCCCCCCAUCGCCCCGGCCGCGGGCACGCAGGCGCCGCCCAGGUCAGCGGGUAUUGCAGGAGAUCCGCAAGUACCAGAGCAGCACCCGCCUGCUGCUGCGCCCCGGCCCCUUUGCCCGCCUGGUGCGGGAGAUCUGCCUACUCUUCACGCGUGGGGUCGAUUACCGCUGGCAGCACAUGGCCCUGAUGGCACUGCAGGAGGCAGCAGAGGCCUUCAUGGUGCGGCUGCUGGAAGAUGCUUACCUGUGCUCGCUCCACGCCCGCCGAGUCACCCUGUUCCCCAAGGAUCUGCAGCUGGCCCGGCGCCUGCGGGGACCUGAGGCGGGGGGCAUCUGAAUGAGGACCCCCUGGGGGUCUGUCCUGACAAUCUCACACCCAUAAUCUUACUGGGACCUCCUAUGGGACCAUCAUGCUGAGACCCCUCACCAUGGGGUCCCCCAAAUCCCCCACAUGGACCCACCCCAUAGACUCCCCCACCUCAGGAUCCCCAACAACCCCUUCAGGGACCCAUCCCAGGGUGGAGGUCCCCUUCCUUAGUCCGGCACCCCUCAGAUUAUUGAGGACCCCUACCCAUGAUCCCCCUGGAAAUCCCAUCACCAGUAUGCCAGUCCCAGGGAAACCUACCCAGGACCUCCACCCUAGUGGAGGCCCUCCCAGUUCUGCUGUACCCCAAUAAAUGUUUGUGACCCCUAGGUGCUGAUGCUGGGGAGGAUGGAGGGGAUUUGGAGGUGAGGCACCGCAGGGAGGAACUCUGGAGGGGAGGAGAACCCACAGGAAGAGGGCCUCUGAGAGUAUUUUAGAGGAUCGGAGCCAGCCUUCGAGGAGCAGAGAAUCCGUUCAAAAGUAUCCUUACUGCCCCGGUGAGAGUAAAAGGUUACUGGAGCUCGGAUCGUAGACAACUUGAAUCUCACCCUGAUCAAGGUGAGCAGCCGGGGAGGACAUGGGGAAAGGUGUUCAGAAACUCCUCCAACAUAUCCUCUCUAAGAGAGAACAAAAGUAUGAUGCUUCCAAUUUGAAGGGACUAUUACACUGGGCUUGGGAUCAUAAUCUCAUAGCAGGAGCACAGGUUGCUCUUGAGAUUUCGACAUGGGAAGCUGUGGGGCGGAUGUUGUGGGACUGCAUUGCAUCCGGGGGGAACGAGGCAAAAGAGGUGUCUAAGUAUGCUACUUUGUGGAAAACUAUCAUAGAGGUACUACAGACUUUAAAGGCAGAGAGGAAAGCUGCUACUGCAGCUUGCGAAGCCCUUGCCUCUGAGUCAGAAAAGCCUCAGGCAUUUUCAGUAUCUUCAGUUCAGCCACUGUUUUCUACGAACUUAGAUAUUCCCUCAAGUAGCCCGCAACCCCUCAGCUCAGAAUUAAGCAUUACACUGACUGCUCCUCCAACUCAAAGCAGGAAUGAGGAAGCCACUGCCUCUUCGGGGGGGUUAGCCUGCAGAACAAAGGACAGUUGUAUUCGGAGUGAAAAAACUGUUGAUAACAGUAACUUAGAAACUAAACAUGCUAUAAAGGACAAGGAAAGAGAUGUUAUUAUGAAUAAUGCUUCUAUUGAAGAGGAUUUAAAAUCUUUAGUGGACAAUUUGCAAAAAUUGGUAACUCAACAGAAGGAUUCAGUUGUCCCCAAAAGAGACUAUUCUUUUGAGAAAAUGGACUUGCCAAUGAUUGUGGGUUCAGACAGACAACGAGGAAAGCAGUUACCACCCUCUCAUUUUGUCUCUGAGCCAGCAUCCAAGCCGAUUAAACAAAAUCCUCCCUCUCACGCUGUAAAGAAUGUGGAAUUAGAGUUGGAAUAUGACCCUGAAAUAGAAGCAGUUCAGAAACAAAAGUGAAAGGGAGUUAUUACAGAAGUAGAAGGGACUUUUCUCUCAAAUGACAUAGAGGCUUUUCCUGUAGUAACUAAUGCUGCUGGUAGAGUUUGGGAACCUUUCAAUUGGAAGAUUUUAGAGAGGUUAAUAAGAGCUGCAAUUUCACAAUUUGGUUUAAAGUCCCAACUUGCACAGUCACUUCUGUAGUAUGUUUUUACCUCUAACACAUUUAUUCCAGUUGAUGUGUAUACCCUAAUAAGACACCACUCCACCAGCAGGUGAUGUUCCAUAAAAGCUGGGAGGAACAGUGUGCCCAGGAAGCAGCAAAACCUCGGGAGCAGGGUGAUCCUCUGGAUGGUUUAACAGCACAACAGUUACUUGGCAAAGGGCUCUGGGCUACUGCCUCUGCCCCAGGCUAGGAGCAUUGAUGAUCAGCCAACAACUAGCCUAUAAUGCCUAUAAUGCUAUCCUUGCACUUCCAGAUGGGUUACACACUAAGUCUUUACACAAAUUCACCAAGGAGGGAAUGAGGACUUUGAUAAAUUUGUAUACAGAUUGUAUGAAGCUAUUUAUGAUCAUCCUGAUUUGGAUUCAGACACAAAGGUACAAUUGUUUAAUAUGCUGGCUUUUGACAAUGCUAAUGAUAAAACUUGGCAGAUUUUGGAUACACUAAAGAAGGGAGCUGAUGUCACAGAAAUGCUGGAACUGAUGGCUAGGACUACAGAAAGGCAAAAAGCAGCCUAUGUAGCUGCUGCAGUACAGGAUGCAGUAAAACCACUGCUUUCUAAGCUGCAAAAGAAAGCAGAAGGAAAGAACAUUAAGUGCUUUGGAUGUGGUAAAAUUGGACAUGUUAGGAGUCAGUGUCGCUCUGCAACUAUGAAAAAAUUUUGUUCUAUCUGCAAAAAAGAUAACCACAAUACUAAAGAAUGUCGGUUCCAGGGAAACGGCCUUGGGAACGCACCCACUCCCCACAUAAUGAAAGCAAUACCGAGAGCUGCCUGGAUAGCUCAGCCUCCCGUGGAGGAUGAGGAGGACUUUACUCAAUCAGAUCGUCAACUUCUGGAAGCGCCGGAGUGGCCAUGGAAACCACAGUAGAUGUUACCAUCACAGACUCUGCUGUACACCUGAUAGAUACUAAUGUAAAAGGACCCUUGGGGGAUGGGCUUGGUGCUUUUCUGUUAGGGAGAUCAUCUGCCAGUAAAAAGGGAUUGGAUAUAAUCCCUGGAGUUAUUGAUGCAGAUUAUCAAGGGGUUGUUAAAAUUAUGGUUAGAACAUUUUUCCCGCCUGUAUCUAUUCCCAAAGGUUCACAAAUUGCUCAGCUUGUUCCUUUUAAGUCUUGUGUCCCCUGUACAGGCUACAAGGAGCGGGGAACAGGAAGCUUUGGUUCCACUGGUAAACCAGAAGUAUAUUGGGCCAUGGACAUCACAAGAGGUAAACCAGACAAAUAGGUAACUCUGAAACAUCCUAAUGGUGAUUCUAUUACUAAGAAACUCAUAAUUGACACUGGAGCAGAUAUAACCAUCAUUUCAAACACAAUAUAGGCAAAAAAUUGAGCAUUGGUUGAUCCUACUUCAGGCAUUGCAGGUAUUGGAGGGACUCAGGCAACUCAGUUGAGCAGAGAAGUAAUUUCCUUUACUUUCCCAGAUGGAGUGAAUGUAUCUACAAGGCCUUAUGUCAUGCAAACUCCUGGUACUUUAUUAGGUUUGCUUGGCAGGGAUCUGUUAAGCCAGUUAAAAGCUACCAUUGUUAAAAAGCCUUUUUAGCAGGGGCCACUGGAGGGCAGCCGAUCCUCAAAAUUAGCUGGACCGCUGAUGCCCCCGUGUGGAUUGAUCAGUGGCUGCUGUCAAGGGAAAAGCUUUCCAUAGUUCAACAAUUAGUACAAGAAAAGCUUAAGGAAGGGCGCAUAAAGCCAUCCACUAGCCCUUGGAACACUCCAAUUUUUGCCAUCCCGAAAAAGAGUGGGAAAUAGAGGUUGCUACAUGAUUUGUUAAUGCAGUAAUGCUAAGUAUGGGUGCCUUGCAACCUAGUCUUCCAUCUCCUACUAUGAUACCUGAGUCAUGGAAUCUAUUGAUCAUUGAUCUCAAAGAUUGUUUUUUCACCAUUCCCUUGCAUCCAGAAGACAUGAGUAAUUUUGCAUUUUCUGUUCCGUCUGUUAAAAAGGCAGAACCUUACAAAAGGUAUGAAUGGAUUUGUUUGCCCCAGGGCAUGAAAGACUCCCCAACAAUGUGCCAAAUUUAUGUCGCUUGGGCAUUAGAACCUGUUCGGCAGCAAUUCCCUGAGUAUAUCAUCAAUCACUACAUGGAUGAUAUAUUAGUGGCUGGAAAACAAUUAGGCUCGUAACUGUUUUAAAUACUAUGACAGUUUUGCUAGAGGAAAGGGGAUCAAAAAUUGCCCCUGAUAAGGUGCAAUAUUCUGCUCCUCGGAAAUAUCUCCCGUGGCAGACUGAUCAGUCUGUAGUGAAACCGCAGAAACUCACCAUUACCACUGAAAUUAAAACUGUACAUGAUGUUCAGAAGCUAGUUGGAGAUAUUCAAUGGAUCAGAACUAUUUGUGGGAUAACUAACGCAGAACUUGAUCCAUUAAUAUAGUUACUAGGUACUUCAUCUCGGGCAGAUGAACGCCAGACUCUGGAUAAGAGACAACAGCGGGUCUUGGAUCACAUUGCCACAAAGCUUGCUACAUCACAUGCACAUCGUCUGAUUGAGGAUGUUCCAGUUCAAUUGACGAUCAUCAAUCAGAGCAAGGAGGAUGACUACUUUGCCAAGCAUCCUUUUGCCUUGAUUUGUCAAUGGUUUAAAACUCAGGCUAAUCCUUUAGUUCUUUUGGAAUGGGUGUUUUUACCUGUAAAACAGUCUAGAACUAUUACCACUUGAUUGGAAAUUUUUGCUCAUUUGAUUAUGAAGGGCAGAGGGAGAAUAUUGGAAAUCUGGGGACACGAACCAUAUGCAAUUGUAGUACCAUUGGCUAACUGGUAUCUUGAAUGGGGAAUUAGACAUUCUGUUUCUUUUCAGAUAUCUUUGGCUGGUUAUGAUGGUAAAGUUCACAACACCCACGACACCGGGUGUUAUCUUUAUUGGGACAUCAGCAUCUGGAGGACAGACCCUGGAGAUCUGACUGUCCAGUAUCGGGGCAGACAGUAUUUACAGAUGCAGGUAAAAGGUCAAAAAGGGCUGCCUGCACUUGGCAGCAAGACAAAGUGUGGAAAAAGCAUGUCAUUUUUGGAGAAGUAAAAGACAUGUUGCAGACAUUAGAACUGAAAGCUGUAAUUGAAGCUUUUGAAAAUUAGGAUAAUGAAACCAUUAACAUUGUUUCUGAUUCACUUUAUGUAGUUGGCUGUGUCCAAUGCCUUGAAAGAGCAGUACUUAAGAGGUGAGUAACAAGCAUUUGUAUUCCCUUUUAAGCUGAUUGCUUAAAAACCUAAAUCAACAACAGCAGGAAUACUUUAUUACUCAUGUUCGAAGUCAUCAAGCUCUCCCUGGUCUGUCUGAAGGUAACGCUUGAGCUGAUCGGUUGGUAGCCACUGUCUGGCCAAUGCUAAACCCUGAUAAAUUUCAGCAGGCUAAAACUUCCCAUGCUUUUCUUCAUCAAUCUGCUAAAAUGUUAGUUAAACAAUUUGGUGUUCCCUUUUACUGAUGCUUCUGGUAUUGUGCGAUCCUGUCCUGAUCGUCAACAAGAUGACAUUGGUUUAGGCACUGGCAUUAACCCUAGGGGUACUCAACCCUUGCAAUUAUGGCAAAUGGAUGUAACUCAUGUAGCAGAAUUUGGUCUGAAAAAGUUUGUACAUGUUUGCAUUGAUACCUAUUCUUGUGUUAUAUAGGCUACUCCCUUAACAGGUGAGGCAGCACGUCAUGUUGAGAAACAUUUGUACAAUUGCUUUGCCAUAUUAGGUGUCCCCUUAGCAAUUAAGACUGACAAUGGUCCUGCUUACUGUUCCUUACAAUUCAAGCAUUUUUGUAAUUUAUGGGGUAUUCGACAUGACACUGGUAUUCCUCACAAUACUACUGGUCAGGCAAUUAUUGAGCGUGCUCAUCAGACGUUCAAGGGCAUACUGCAAAAACAAAAAGGGGGAACUACAGGGUUAUCCCCUGAGGAAAAAAACAGCUAAAGCCAUUUUUGUGCUUAGUUACCUUAGAACAACAGGAGAUAGGGAAGAUCCACCUAUUCUUGUGUGCUGGUGUCUCUCUCUCUGGCUGUCAGAAUGACCCCGAGAAAAGUUCAAAAGUUUCUUUUCCCAGCCUGGUGCUUGAAGAAGGAGUCAGGGCUCUUCAUUUUUUCAGUCUCAAGGUUGUUUAUUGCAUCUUAUCUAUAAAAUUCUUUCUCCCUGUCCAGCCGAGAUCCAUUCGGCAGGACAGUCAGAGGCACUCCGCCCACCCCCAGGGUGGUGUUAUCUUUAUAUACUACAAACUACGUGUACAAUAUUUACAGUUAUUUUCCAAUACCUAUCAUCUAUAUUAGACAGUGGGUUUCUACUCUUGACUAACCUAAAAGUGCCAACAUCACCAGACAAGAUGGAGGUAGAGAAGAAGAAGAAGAAGAAAGGCUAGACACGCCCAAAUCCCUCCAUCUUGUCCCCAGAAAACCCUAUACCAAAAAUCAUAAAACCUACAUUUAGACUCUGUAAUUAUUUUAUUCUUACACUAUUUACACUAUUGUGGCCUUUAUCUCUUUCUAUAAAGGUGACAGUUUGUUCCGUGGUUCGUAAUCGAACCUGCUGGUGUUCUGGACUGUGUGCCAGGGUCUCCUAGCCCCCUGGCAAGGGUCCCAGGAAACUCCGGACUCCCAGAGGGAUGUCCUGAGUUCCAACAUCUCCCCCUUCUGUUUGUACCAAGAAGACCUCUUUGGCAACUUGGCUCACAACCCGCCGUAUGCACAAAAGAAUUCAUGGCACAAUGAACAAGAGAACUAAAAGCCCUACUAAAAUAUAACAAGCUAUCAUCUAACAACAAUUCUACAACACCACUGAUUCCCACACCCAUGAAGUGACCCGAAGUCCACAGUCUUCUGUGGGCAAAGCACAAGGGUUGGAAUCUCUGUGCAGUCCACAUCUGUAUAUCUUCUUUUCUGCUUAUGGAAUGGUCAGCGUUUUCUUGCCCACGCUUCUUGUCAGCAUUGUCUUGCACUGGAUGGAGUUUCACAUUCUUCACUGAGAUUCACCUGGACUUUUGUACCUGCUAAAAAACAAACAAAUCCACAUCCCCAAAGAGACUGGAGGAUUUUCUCAAAAUCUCGGAGGUGAAGAAUGGGUCCUGAUAUGAAAAUAAAACAUUGAUCAACUCUGUUUCAGUCUCUAUGCAAUUGCAUAGGGAAAUGUAAAAUGACAGCAAUUAGAAAUCAAUUAGAUAAUACACAUAACCAAUAACACAUCUGAAAUCAUACAAUUGUCAAACACUACAACACUGAACUGUCAUCCCAGAGUCUGCGACAGCUGAUGAACCUUACAACAACAGAGAACUGGAGAAUCCAUGUUCGGAUUCAUGUUUCUCCAAACUCUCUCUGAAAACAGGCUCAGCUAUCAUAGACGGUCAAAUUGCCAAGCCAACAUUCACAGAACGGCACCUGGAAGAGAUUACAUCGAGGAACGGCAAGGUCCUGGCUACGACUGAAAAGAAGACUAUCUCGACUGAAAAAUGGACUAUCUCAAGGAGCCCAGACAGCCAUCCAAACCUAUGGACUAACUUUUGUACAGGACUGAAUCUGUAUAGUCCCCGUUAUACAUAUGUAGGGACUUACAGAAGUCUUAGGUCAUUUCUGCUUCAGGCAGAAUAAACUGUAUAUAAACUGGCUACCUGGAGCAGUUGGUGAGAAACUCUGGGGAGACGCUGACACUACGUCAGUUUGAUCUAGGUUCACCCAAUGUCAAAGUCCGGGGUUGACACUGUCUUGGCUGUGGCGGUUUUAUAAUAUUCUAUUUUUGGUUGUCGAUCUAAUAAAUUUAUAAAAUUUUUUUUAUAAA